AUGACCUACACCUCUACAGUGUAUAACCUGACCUACACCUCUACAGUGUAUAACCUGACCUUCACCUCUACGGUGCAUAACCUGACCUUCACCUCUACGGUGCAUAACCUGACCUUCACCUCUACGGUGCAUAACCUGACCUUCACCUCUACGGUGCAUAACCUGACCUACACCUCUACGGUGUAUAAUAUGAGCUACACCUCUACGGUGCAUAACUUGACCUUCACCUCUACGGUGCAUAACCUGACCUUCACCUCUACGGUGCAUAACCUGACCUUCACCUCUACGGUGCAUAACCUGACCUACACCUCUACGGUGUAUAAUAUGACCUACACCUCUACAGUGUAUAACCUGACCUACACCUCUACAGUGUAUAACCUGACCUACACCUCUACAGUGUAUAAUAUGACCUACACCUCUACAGUGUAUAACCUGACCUUCACCUCUACGGUGCAUAACCUGACCUACACCUCUACGGUGUAUAAUAUGAGCUACACCUCUACGGUGCAUAACUUGACCUUCACCUCUACGGUGCAUAACCUGACCUACACCUCUACGGUGCAUAACCUGACCUUCACCUCUACGGUGCAUAACCUGACCUUCACCUCUACGGUGCAUAACCUGACCUACACCUCUACGGUGUAUAAUAUGAGCUACACCUCUACGGUGCAUAACUUGACCUUCACCUCUACGGUGCAUAACCUGACCUUCACCUCUACGGUGCAUAACCUGACCUACACCUCUACGGUGUAUAAUAUGACCUACACCUCUACAGUGUAUAACCUGACCUACACCUCUACAGUGUAUAACCUGACCUACACCUCUACGGUGUAUAACAUGACCUACACCUCUACAGUGCAUAACCUGACCUACACCUCUACAGUGCAUAACCUGACCUACACCUCUACAGUGCAUAACCUGACCUACAACUCUACAGUGCAUAACCUGACCUACACCUCUACAGUGCAUAACCUGACCUACACCUCUACAGUGCAUAACCUGACCUACACCUCUACAGUGCAUAACCUGACCUACACCUCUACAGUGCAUAACCUGACCUACACCUCUACGGUGCAUAACCUGACCUACACCUCUACGGUGCAUAACCUGACCUACACCUCUACGGUGCAUAACCUGACCUACACCUCUACGGUGCAUAACCUGACCUACACCUCUACGGUGCAUAACCUGACCUACACCUCUACGGUGCAUAACCUGACCUACACCUCUACGGUGCAUAACCUGACCUACACCUCUACGGUGCAUAACCUGACCUUCACCUCUACGGUGUAUAAUAUGACCUUCAAAGCUGAGUCACAAGAUCUUAAACACAAAUCAGCGUUCUUGACUUUGAUCUAUUGA